CAAGGACAGAGGAGGUAUGAUCCCUACUCCAAUUCCUACAAUGAAGGGUGGAGGGAUCAUCCAAAUCUGAGAUAUGGUCCCAGACCAAGUCCCCCAGGUUUCCAAAAUACAAACAACAACAAUUUUUCUGCCAAUCUAAACAACCCUCCUGGUCCUGUUGAUAAAACACACCAAAUGCUGGAAGUAAUUUUGAAAAAAAUGGAGGACAAGUUCUCCCUGGUUGAUCAGAAUAUGAAGUUAAUGCAAGAAAGGCAAACAGCCCAGGAUACCUUGUUGAGUAAUUUGCAGGCCCAAAUUAACAACAGGUUACCUGUUCAACCAUUUCCUGCUCCUAAGGAGAAUGUGAGUGCUGUUGUCCUUAGGAAUAACAAAGUUCUUCCUGAACCUUCCUUAGGGAAUGUUAGAAGGGUUCAGGAAAUUAUGGAAAAGGAACUUGACUCACAGAAAAUCCAAGACCCUGAAUUGGUCAACAAUAAAUCUGUUGUGACUCCUGACACUCCUAGGGCAGUUUACAAACCUCAGCCACCUUUCCCCAGUAAAUAUCAGAAUCGAAGGAAGAACAGUAAAGAACCAGAUGAUGAAAUAGUUGAAAUGUUUAAAAAGGUUCAAGUAAACAUUCCUCUUUUAAAUGCAAUAAAAAAUGUUCCAAAAUAUGCAAAAUUUUUGAAAGAGAUGUGCACUAAUAAAAGAAGGCUGAAAGGGGAUGAGAGGGUGAACAUCAGUGAAAAUAUUUCUGCAAUCUUUCAAAAGAAACUUCCCCAGAAAUGUCAGGAUCCUGGUGUGUUUUCUGUGCCUUGUAAGAUUGGAAAUUUGGAGAAUACCAAGGCUUUACUUGAUUUAGGAGCAUCCAUCAAUGUCAUGCCUAGGGAGUUAUUUGACCAGUUGGGGGUAGGAGAACUAAAAGAGACUGGGGUAGUUAUUCAACUUGCUGACGGGAGUUUAACUUACCUUGAAGGGGUGGUUGAGGAUGUUUUAGUCCAGGUCAAUGACUUGCUUUUUCCUGCUGACUUUUAUGUCCUUAACAUGGGAAAGGAUUAUUCAGGCAUCCCUCUCCUUCUGGGCAGACCAUUUUUGAAAACUGCUAAGGCCAAAAUUGAUGUUGAUGCAGGAACUUUGUCCUUAGAAUUUGAAAAUGAAGUUAUUAAGUUUAACAUUUUUGAAGCAAUGAAGUUUCCUGAUCAACUCAAUCAAGUUUUUACAUUAGACAUCAUUGAUGAAAUGGCACAAGAUGUUUUUCAAUUAUCAAAUCAGGAUGAGCUUUUGAGUGUGGUGUCCAAUAGUCUGGAUCCUGAAUCCUUGAAACUCUCUCCAUACACUGUAAAUUCAGAGAUUCAUAAAUAUGUUAAAAUGCUAUCUGAG